CCUGUAACGGUGCUCACAUUUCCACUCGAUUCUACGAGAUGGUACCUGCUUGGACAGCUCGAAUAUUAUCUGAGUGUGCAGAAUAUGGCUCAGGACUUGUUUUUACGGCGGCAGAUGGACGCGCAAGGAUGGAUACCGAUAUCACUCAUUGCCUCGUUCAAUCGUGUUAGGCAAAUAACGGGUGGUAUUGAUAAUGGAAUUGUGAGAGAUGUGCUCACCCUUUCUAUGAUGGUAGAGCUACAUGCGUCUGGGAACUACGUGAGAAUGGUCGGGUGGGAGCAGUUUGUGUUGCCGGAUGCAAAAGAGAGUGCUAUCAGCGUGGGCAAGUUGGAGCACCGGGUCGAAGUAGAGUCUGAAGAUGCGAAAGAUGACGAGGAGGAGGAGGAGGAGGAUGACGUUGUUUUCGUUAUGGGAAGCUAG